GGUGGAGUCGGGAGAUUUGGUCGUGAUGCUUCGGGGCGUCGUGGAUCUCAUCGCGGCCUCAGACGUCGGGGCUGUAGGGACGCUAGAUGAUCUGAUCAGCAGGUGCGACAACUCUUGGGUCCGAGACCUCGUUCAGGACCCCGAGGCGGCGCAGAACGCUCCCAACAGGCGCCCCAGGGAGGUGCGGACGGGACACUACGUGCCGCUGCAGCCGGAGGCCUUGAGGGAUCCAUAUCUGGUGGCCAGGAGUGCGGAGAUGUUGGCCAGUUUGGGCCUCAGCGAACACGAGGCCGCCUCCGAGAGAUUUGUUCGCCUCUUCUCUGGGGACUUGACUGCCGUUGAUGGGCUCCAGUCAUGGGCUACCCCCUAUGUCCUGUCCGUCUACGGCCAAGAGGUGAACCCCCGCCCGUUCGGCAACGGCAAUGGCUACGGAGACGGCCGCGCUAUCUCGAUCGGCGAGUUCUCGGGCCCCGACGGGCAGCGCUGGGAGCUGCAGCUCAAGGGUGCGGGCCGGACACCAUUCUGCCGCGGUUUUGACGGCAGGGCCGUGCUGCGCUCCAGCGUGCGGGAGUUCCUGGCCUCGGAGGCGAUGCACCACCUGGGAGUGCCGACCACGCGGGCCGUCUCCCUCGUCGCCUCGCACUCGGAAGUGGUGACGAGACCGUGGUACAGCGACGGGCCCCAAGCGCAGCAGCGAGGCGGAGGCCGGGACCCAGACAUCGUGCAGCAGGAGGCAUGCGCGAUCACGUGCCGGGCCGCGAGGUCCUUCCUGCGGGUCGGCCACGUGGAGCUCUUCGCGCGGCGCGCCCAGCGGGGCGACCCCGGCGGCCUGCGCGAGCUGGAGCUCAUCCUGGAGCACGUCUUGGCCCGGGAGUACGCGGACGUCGAGCCCGGGCAGCCGCUGCAGGCCCGGGCCCUCGGGAUGUUGCGGGCUGCGAGCCGCCGCAUAUCGAGCCUGGUCGCAGAGUGGCUGCGCGUGGGGUACGUGCAGGGCAACUUCAAUUCUCAACGCCGCACCAUGGACUACGGACCCUUCGGCUUCAUGGAGCGCUACGAGCCGAUGUGGAACAUGUGGACCGGCGGUGGGGAGAAAUACGGCUUCCUGAACCAGCCGCAGGCGGCGUGCAAGAACUUCGAGAGCCUCGCGGCGGCCGUGGCGCCCAUCCUCAGCGACGAGCAGCGGCGCGAGGUGCCGCAGAUCGUCGAGGAGUUCCGGCGGCUGUCGGCGGGGGCGCGCGACGACGUUUGGCGGCGGAAGCUGGGGCUGGCGCUGCCCGAGGAGGGCGCGCGGCUGUUCGCGUCGCUGGAGCCCCUGCUGCGGGCCUCGGGGGCGGACUGGACGCUCUUCUCGGCGGCCGCGGCGGCGGGCAGCUCCGAGGGCGGCCUGCUGGAGCCGCUGCGGCGCAGCUUCAGCGGCAGGCUCACCGGCGAGGGCGAGGCCCGGUGGGCGGAGUGGCUGCGAGGGUGGCUCGGGGCCUCGCCCGAUGUGCCGUCCAUGAGGCAGGCAAGCCUCGAGGAAGAGGAA